AUGGAGCACCACCAGAGCAUCACCUCGCCGCGCCAGCUCCUCCGCGUAUACGGGUACAACAUAUCCGAUGCCCCCGCGGGCACGUACGUCGUCGUCCGCCUCCACUUCAACUUCGUCACCACCGAGAACACCUUCCUGCGGAUCGUCGUCGGCGGCCGCGCGCUCACCACGGACGUGCACGGGUCCCCGAGCAACCUGCCGGGCGAGUGGGACCUGCGGGCGAUCGUCCCCGAGCUCGGGAGCGCCUACCCUGCUGCGCACCAGGCGUCGACCGCAAACUGUAUCAUUGAUUCGCUCGUCUUCGGCAAAUACACCUUUUCGCGCCGCCACACGAGCCCUGCGCUGAUGUGCAAGCAGGAGGCCGCGGACGAGCACCUCGGCCUCUUCGCCCCCGCCCCGCGCUCGCACCACUCCUCCUCGCGGCCGACGUCGAGCGGGGGCGGCGCCGCGCGGUCGCGCGCGCUGAACGCGUCGAUGGUCUCCCCGCGCGACGCCGCCGGCGCGCGCACGCAGCUCAAGAAGCAGUCGCUCAUCCGCGCGCGGCGGUCGAGCGGGGACGACGACGACGCGGACGCCGCGUUCCGCGCCUCGCUCGUGCUCACGACGGCGACGGAGCCGCUCGCGCGCGUGUGCGACUGGGACGAGGAGGAGCGGGUGCUCGGCCGGCGGCUGGUGCGCUUCACGCGCGUGCAGGAGGGCUGCACGCUCCGCGUCGCGGCCGAACCACUCCGGCCGAGCGAGUACGCGGACGGGGACGCGGUGGUGUCGUGCAUCCACCGGCCGCCGGAGUGGGUCGGGCCGGACGAGGCGCCGCAGUCGCAGUGCUGCAUCACCUCGGUGGACAUCAUCUUCCUGCUCGAGUGCCUCGUGGGCGACAACAAGGCCGGCAUGGAGGAGUUUUUCCAGAAGAUUAUGGAUUUCCCCGCCCCGAAGCCGCGUAACAUCGAAAAGGACGUCAAGGUGUUUGACUGGGCGGUGCUGCCGCAGGCUCUGGACAAGAUCAUCUCAAAAUACGUAAGUCGCCCCGCCUUUUUGAUGGAGCUGCAAGCUGUUGCUUUGGAGUCGUCGGCUGCCGUGCCCCAGAGGAGCAACCUCGCACCAUCAAGCCAGGCAAUGCACGCCGUCGGCUCCUACUCUGCGUCCUCGUCACCCGUCCAGGACGUGAAGCCAUCCUUCGAAGCGUCGUACUUUUACCCUCAGCAGCACUCGUAUCGCAAUCCGUACGCGCCGCCGCUCGACGGCUACGAAAACCCCCUGCUCACUGCGACUGGUCUCCCUGCCCCUGCAAACGUGUGCGACAGCUUCAUGUCCUCGCACUCGCACUCACCAUCCCCCACCCCGCUCCUCACCACGCCCGCAGACUCUCCGGUGAUGUCGCUCUCGUACACAGACUCGACGCUGGCGGGCCACAACCAGCCAAUGUAUCCGACCAGCUCGUUCAUGGACCACAGCACGUACGGGUCCUCGUACGGCCACGCGCCCUCGGCAUCGUACGACGGUUCCGACUACCGCCGUGUCAAGCUACCCGACCUCCAGGGCUCACACACGCUCAUCUAA